UCUCCACCCGCAAACGGCUCCUACGGUGAGAAAAAGGGGAAUUGAACUGUUUUAAACACGUCGACAUAAAUCUCUCUAGUACACCCUUUUUCUCUUUGCCCUCCUGACGGACUUCAUUACUUUAAACCUCUGCGCGCCAAUGCCCGAGACCACGCAGAAACGAAGGAUUUUUUUCUCUUGAGCAUGAGAAGGAUUGCCAAAUCAUCCGCAAUCCAACAUCACCGACUGAGCCACCAGCAUGAGCACUGGAUACAUAUGCUCCAGCAGAAGUUGUUGGCUAGAGAACUAACAAACCUUGGACCACAAAUACAGCUAAGAGGGGAGAGUCAGUUUUAGGUCUCCACAUAAUGGAGCGAGAAUGAACAGAGAGCGGCUUAAAAAAAAGCAUGAACUGGAGGUUUAUUGAGGUCAUCUGCUUCCUGUUUAUAUGGGACCAUAUAACAGUUCAGUCUUCCCGCCAGGACCUGUUGGCUGCUGAACAACAUGUCACCAAGCAAUAUGACUGGCUCAUCUCUGACCGCGGACCUUUCCACCACUCUCGGAGCUAUCUGUCCUUUGUGGAAAGAUUCCGCCAAGGAUUUACGACUAGAUAUAAAAUUUAUAGGGAAUUUGCACGUUGGAAGGUGAGGAACACUGCAAUUGAGAGAAGGGACCUCAUCCGGAACCCUGUGCCACUCAUGCCUGAGUUCCAGCGCAGCGUACGUUUGCUGGGCCGCAGACCCACAACUCAGCAGUUCAUCGACACUAUUAUUAAGAAAUAUGGGACCCACAUCCUCAUCUCAGCCACACUGGGAGGUGAGGAGGCGCUGACUAUGUACCUGGCCAAAAACAAGCUAGACAGGAAGCUUGCCAACGCUACUCAAAAUGUGGAAGCCCUUCAUCAGCUGGCCUCAUCCUACUUCAUCGACCGUGAUGGCACGAUGAGGAAGCUGCAUGAGAUCCAGAUUUCCACCAAUGCCAUCAAGGUGACAGAGACACGAACAGGGCCACUGGGAUGCAGUAGCUAUGACAAUCUGGACUCGGUUAGCUCAAUCCUCCUGCAGAGCCCUGAGAGCAAGCUUCAUCUGCAAGGUCUUCAGGUCAUUUUCCCAGAAUACCUGCAGGAGAAAUUUGUCCAGUCAGCUCUGAGCUACAUUAUGUGCAAUGGAGAGGGGGAGUAUGUGUGCCGUAACAACCAAUGCAUCUGUCAGUGUGCUGAGGAGUAUCCCCAGUGUAACUGUCCCAUCACCGACAUCCAGAUCAUGGAAAACACCCUAUUGUCUAUGUCUGAGACAUGGGCAGCGUCUUAUAAAGACUUUGAGAACUCUGAUGAAUUCAAGUCAUUCCUGAAGAGGCUGCCCUCCACUCAUUUCCUGCCCAUCAGCAGUGUGCAUCUUCUGUGGGGCAGUGACUGGGACCUCCAGGCCCGCUACAGGCUCCUUCAGAGCUCUCUGGAGAUCCAGCGGCUCAAGAUACAGCGCACCGCCCGCAAGCUUUUUGGCCUCAGCAUCCGUUGCCACCACAAUCCCAACCACCAGAUGCCUAGGGAGAGAUCUGUGAUGCAGUGGCUCAACAGGGUUCAAUCCUUCUUGUAUUGCAAUGAGAACGGGUUUUGGGGGACCUUUCUGGAGAGCCAAAGGACAUGCGUGUGCCACACAGGUGUCACAUUGUGCCAGCGACCCAUCCCAUGUGUCAUUGGAGGUAACAACAGCUGUGCCAUGUGCAGCCUGGCUAACAUCUCGCAAUGUGGCUCCUGCAACAAGGGCUACAAGUUGUACCGUGGUCGCUGUGAGCCUCAGAAUGUGGACUCAGAACGUAGCGAGCAGUUCAUCAGUUUUGAAACUGAUCUGGACUUUCAGGACCUGGAGCUGAAAUACCUGUUACAGAAAAUGGAUUCGCGAUUGUACAUUCAUACCACUUUCAUUAGUAAUGAGAUCCGACUUGAGACAUUCUUUGAUCCACGAUGGCGAAAGCGCAUGUCCCUGACUCUCAAGAGCAACAAAAACCGGAUGGACUACCUCCACAUGAUAAUCGGACUGUCAAUGAAGAUCUGCCAGAUGCGAAACAGCAGCAUUGAUCCGAUGUUCUUUGUUUAUGUCAACCCAUUUAGUGGCAGUCAUUCAGAAGGCUGGAGCAUGCCUUUUGGUGAGCAUGGUUACCCACGCUGGGAAAAAGUACGAUUGCAAAACUCACAGUGCUUCAACUGGACUCUCCUUUUGGGCAACAGAUGGAAGACCUUCUUUGAGACAGUGCACAUUUACCUGCGCAGCCGUGCCAAGAUCCCCACUGGCCUCCGCAAUGAUACAGGACAGGGCCCAGUAGAUUUGGGAGACCCUAACAAGCGUCAAAUCUACAUAAAAAUCUCUGAUAUCCAAGUGUUUGGUUACAGCCUGCGCUUUAAUGCUGACCUGCUUCGUAGUGCUGUGCAACAGGUAAACCAGUCAUACACACAAGGAACUCAGUUCUACUCAUCAUCAUCUGUUAUGCUUCUGCUACUGGACAUUAGGGAUCGGAUUAACCGUUUAGCGCCUCCUUCUGCGCCUGGAAAACCCCAGCUGGACCUCUUCUCUUGUAUGCUAAAGCAUAGGCUCAAGCUCAACAACAGUGAGAUGAUUCGAGUGAAUCAUGCCUUGGACAUGUACAGCACAGAGAUACUAAAACAAUCAGAUCAUCUGACUGCAAAACUCUGUUGAACGUAACAUCAAAUUAAGGAGAGCGAACUAAACAGAGACACUCUGGAAAUUAACUACGAGGGGAUGUUAAACCUAUUUUUUUCUCUUUUUCAUUUUUUGACCUUUUCUGCCUUUUGAUGUAAUAUUAACUUUGUAAGCAUAGUUCUUAAAAAAAAGAGGAAAAAACAGUGAGGAAAAGCUUUUCUGGCAGAUAAAGAAGAUUAAUGGAACCAUUAUAAGGACUGUAUCAUAUUUGUCCCAGCAUGUCUGUAAUUCCCUAAAAAGAACUAAAAAGAGAGUGGAAAAUAUAUAUAUAUAUAUAUUAAAUCUAUGUACUGGUGAAAAAGAGGCCUUGAUUUUAAUCUGAGGGAUCAAAGGUUUUAUCUGAAACUGCCAUUCUUUAUUGAAAAAAAAAGACAUUUUUAAAGGAAUAAUGAUAAAACACAAGGGCAGACCAGAUACGGUUUUAUUUCUCCAAACAUGCAAAGUAUUUCAGAUGUAAUGGACAGUUUAAUAAUGAAAUGUUUAUACAUUGUAAGGAUUAAAUAGCCCUAGUGAGUAAGUAGUUAACACAUUACUUAUAAAUUCCUUAUUAUGUUUCAGAUCCACAGUGAAUCUGCAUUGCUCUUAGUGAGUUAUGAGGCACUCUGUCAUUGUUCUGACACAAAAGGCACACAGCAGGGCAGUAAUGGAUAGUCAUGUUAAAUAACAAAAGCCAGCUGUUUAUAUAUACAUAUAUAUGUGGGUGAAUGCGUGUGUGUAUGCGCGAGUGUCUGUAUACCUUUUUUAGCUUGACGCUUAUUGCCGUUUGUUAAUUGAAUGUGUCACUUGAGAUUGACCCCAGUCUUUGCUGAAUCUUGCAUUUGGAGCGCUUCUUCCCGUGUUUAAAAUUCCAGCUGUGUUUUUCACAAAGCAGUACCUCCUGGUGCGUGAGUGCAAUAUUGUGGUCUGAAGAUUUAACAAUCGAUGCUAUUUUGUACAGCUUUGCAAAAUGUACAUGUUGUGACUGCUGAUUUGUGGAGCUUUUCGGCACUGAGAGUAAAAUGUAGACAUUCAUCAUUCAGGCACAUUUGCGAGACAACUUAAAGCCAUACACUUCCCUGAGGUAGACAUACAGUAAAGCAUAAAGCUUACCCCACACUUGUUUCAUUUGUAUGUCUUUGUGUUAUUCUCUCAGAUGACUUCAGAUAAGAGCACAGCAAAAAAAAGAAAGAUGACAAGGAGGACGUAUUAUGUUGAAUACGAUUGUUUUGUAAAGCCAUUGAAAUUCUACAUUUUUCUGCAGGAAAAGAAGAGAAAGAAGAAGAAACUGUUAUAUUACAGCUUAUAAUAACUUUUUGCCAAUGUUCAAUCUGUAAGCGUUUUAUGAUCCUGUGUAAAAAUGUCAGUUUUUUAUUUUAAAUUAUGAAAUGUAACAUUUUCUGCAUGUUGCUGAUAGCAUAAACAGAGCUGCAAAUUUGUUAAACACACUCGAAGUGAAACAUGAAACACUACCUAUGUAUUGAUCAUUUCAUUAAUUUGAGCAAUCCAAUUAUCCAAAUGCAACUGAUGAUGAGUUCUUUUUUGCAGGUCUUAUCAACUAAUGGAUUUUACACAGAAAGACAAGGUCACUCAUGUUGUACAACCCAAUAGUUAAGGAAUAGGAGACAUAUUCACUGCUUAAAUUUGGACUUAUUCUUAGUGUAAAGGCUGCUGUCAAACUUUAUUAUAUCUAAAAAGCCCAACGCUUUUCCAGUUGCUUUAUGACUUUUUUGUAAUUUUUUUUUUUUUUGUCUGUCAGUCUCUUGUUGUAUUUUAAUUUAUUUUUUUUUGUAUUUUUGCGUGUGUGUAUAUUUUAUGUUCUUUAAUCAUUACUCAUUACUCAACAUGUGAUGAGUCUAGUCUUGCAAAGACAGGUGUAUGCAGAGGUGUGCAAUAUAUUGAGGCCAACCUCAAUGUGACUGAAAUGUAGGUGCUAACAACAAAGAAAUUCAAAUUUCUUAAACAAGCUAUGGACUAGAGAGUUAAAAAAAAAGAAAAAAAAAUCCAAUUCUGAAGUAAAUUUUGGUUAAUUUCCCUACAUUCAAAAGUCAGGAAACCUUGAUGGUAUUCUUUCAAUGAAGGGUAUUGCCAAGAUGUAGGCUAACAAAAUCACAUCUGGCAAAUGUGACAAUGACUUUCUUUCUAAUUUGUUUAAUGUCAUCAGUCUGUGUGUAAAGUACUUUUAAUGCUUGAAAAAACAAUUAGUUUAAAAUAACUUAUCUAUUAAGUAAGUUUUAGGCUACAUGACAAAGCAAAAUCUAAUGCAUUUCAGGAGAUUUAAAAGUCGGAAAAAGUAAGCUUAGUUUAUUUUGGAAUCUUUGCGUUAGGACCACAAAGUCUCGGCUCUAUGCUUUUAUCAGGACGGUGUCAUCUAAAAAGCUGUGUGCUACACCUCUAGCUGAGAAUUCUCAGUUUGGAAAGUCUAGCUAAUUGGUAUGCUAAUGUUUGCAUGAUAACACUUUCUACUUUGAACUGAAUGUUAGCAUUGCCAUUGUAAGAUUUGCACACUGAUGAAAACACCAGUGUUGGGUCUCAUUUCACAAACUUCUGUACUAAUUCGCUCAAGUGAGAUCACAAUAAAAAAAGAAGGCCUACAGCUGCACGCAGCAAACACAGCCGACUGUGAAUCACUGAAUAUUCUUACCUACAGUGGUUGCCACAUAAUGGAUUAACUCUGUCAAUGAAGGUGCUAGUAGCAGCAAAGGUUAAUCAGGCAUUGACGGUACAUGUUUUGUGUUGUUGUUCGGUGUCAAUGCAUGUUAAAUCGUCGUCUUCAAUGUAGUAUUUUAUGUGUGGUCAGAAGCAAAGCAUAGCAAAAUUUAACUAGUGUGACAAUCGUCAUUGCAGCUGUCAUUGUUAGUAUGCGUACAAGUUGAGAUGUCGGAUUUGAGACGCUAACCUGUCAAAAUGCACUCAGUGCUCACGUAAUUACAGAGCAUACUUGUUGUGCAAUGUAUACUAAUGGAAGUAUGCAGGUAACAGGAGGCACAGUCCAAGAUCAGAGCUGAGCUGACAAAUGGAGAAAAAGCUAAAAUGACUUUAGGCGUCCAAAUGGACAUAAUCAUCACCUACAGAAAUCUACUGAAUAUAUAAUUGCUACUUAGUUUACCUUGAUUGAUUAGUAUCAGUUUUGGACUAGCUAAAUGGAUUGCUACCAAAUUAUUAUUAUUAUUAUUAUUAUUAUUAUUAUUAUUAUUAUUAUUAUUAUUAUUAUUAAGUGCCUGUUAUCAAUCCCUUUAACAUCUUUAGAGUGGGGAAAAAAUGUACUACACUAAAGAGUGACACUUAAUUAGUUUCAGAAUUUAAGACCAUAAAUGUCGAUUUAAGAUAGCCUACUCUGUUUAGCUCCUCUAUGAAACUUUACCUUAAAGGAGGCUUGUGCAUGAGGGGAAAUUGACCACCAGGCAGAAAAACUAAACAAACAAAUAAAAAAAAUAAAACAGAUUACCCAAACUAAUGGUGGAUAUAUUUGCCCCAUGUUGUACAAUAUAUGUGUAAAUAGGUGCCCCUUAACCAUAGCGAUGCUGUUCUGCUGUAACAUUGUUUAAUAUAACAGUACUGAAAGGGGAACAAAGACUAUUUCGAAAAAGCCCUUCAUCUGAGUACAUUAGCACAAAAUACAGAGCCCACCAUGUCUUGUAUCUAAUUACAUUCAUGACCAUUUAUGACUGUUUUUAUAUUGUCAAAACAUAUUGUAUAUUGCAGUUUAGUUUGAGCCACUGUCAAGAUCCAUAAAACAAGCACAUUUGCUCGUAUGGCAUUAUGCUACCACAGUGUUGCUUACUGUACAUGUAUCCAUAAAUCUGUGAAAAUUUUUACACCUAAUACCUUGCCUAUGUACCUUUUUUGCUUUUCUGUUGGGAUCAUUAUUUCAGCUUAUUUUAAAUGAAUGUUUCAUAUAAUAAUCUAUUUCUCAUUAAAAUGCUAUAUUUAA